AAGAUCAACACGAGCAUGCGUCUGUGUAGUGGGUCUCCUGGUAUAAAGUCGAGCAGCUGUGAGACGGAAAGCAACAGUCCAGUUAGGAACAUCUCCCUCACACAUCGCCAGACUCCCUCCCAGCUGUGGUUUUUUCCCCCCGAGAUGUUCACCUCUGUGAUGGAUGUGGUGCAGGGACUGGGGGUGAGCAGCACCCGCUACCUGCAGACCAACUACAAAGAUGCUCAGGGCUUGUUCCUCUGGGUCUCCUGGGCGGCGGACCUCCGGAACACCUUCUUCAUCUUCUUCCCGCUUUGGUUUCACCUGCGGCCCUCGGUGGGCGUCAAGCUGAUCUGGGUGGCCGUGAUCGGGGACUGGCUCAACCUGGUCUUUAAGUGGAUCCUGUUCGGGGAGAGGCCGUACUGGUGGGUCCACGAGACGUCUCACUACGCAGACUCGGCGCGUCCUCACAUCGAGCAGUACCCGAUGACCUGCGAGACCGGACCAGGCAGUCCAUCUGGACAUGCGAUGGGGGCUGCGGGGGUCUACUACACUCUGGUCACGUCCAUCCUCCUCAUCCUCAGCAGCAAGAAGCCAUCAAACAUUAACUGGUAUCUGAGGGCUGGUCUGUGGUCCCUGUUUUGGGGGGUCCAGGUGUGCGUGUGUCUGUCCAGGGUCUUCAUCGCCGCUCACUUCCCUCAUCAGGUCAUUGCUGGUGUCAUCACAGGCAUGAUGGUGGCCGAGGCCUUCGACAGGACCCGCUGGAUCUACAGCGCCAGCAUGAAGAGCUACUUCUACACCACGCUCUUCCUGACCUCCUCCGCCGUCGGCUUCUACCUGCUGCUCCGAGCCGUGGGCGUGGACCUGCUCUGGACCCUGGAGAAGGCGCAGAGGUGGUGCGUCCGGCCCGAGUGGGUCCACCUGGACAGCACGCCCUUCGCCAGCCUUCUGCGCAACAUGGGCACCCUGUUCGGCCUGGGCCUGGGCCUGCACUCGCCCCUCUACACCGAGACCAAGAGGAGCGAGCGUGCGUCGGCGCAGGCGGCGUGCGUGGUCAGCUCGCUGCUCCUGCUGCACCUGUUCGACUCCUUCAAGCCCCCCACCCACACCGCCGCCCUCUUCUACCUGCUGUCCUUCUGCAAGAGCGCCACCGUGCCCCUGGUCACCGUCAGCAUCGUCCCGUACUGCGUGAACCGAGCUCUGAGCCUGCACAACAAAAAAGGAGUCUGAGCUUUAAAAAAAAAAGACUACAGAGACUUUAAUAUGAGAAAUAUGAUUAUUUUGGUGCUGAAUGAAAUGACAGGACUGUCUUUGUCUCAGGAAGAUGUCGUCUCUUUCAGACACUCUGAGGGGAAGCUCAAAAACAAACUGACUUUAACAAACCAUGCUGGGCUCAGGCUUCUGGAUGAAGAGCCGAACGGCUGAAUGAAGUGAAUGUUUGCGUCUCGGUUUGGACCCGUCGUUUCAGUUGUCGUGAAAGUAGUUUUUUUUUAAAGUGUUUAUUUUGAAAACCUUUGGGAUAUUUUUUAAAUAAAACCUUAAAAAGUGU